AUGGAUAAUCCAGACAGCGGAGGAGGAACAGAGGGAGGGGGAGACACAGAACAACUGCAAGCAAAGGAGGUUGGAGAUGAAGACAAGCACAUCAAAGACAAUCACAACAAGAGGGAGAAGGAGAGCAGUGAGAGCCAGCCGAGCCGCCGCGGUCAGUGGAGGAGCGGCUGGGCUCUGACCGAACGUCUGGCCAUCAAUGUGUCAGGGAUGCGGUACGAGACCCAGCUCCGGACCCUAGCCCAGUUCCCCGACUCACUGCUGGGUGACCCCGAACGUCGAGUUCGCUACUUCAACCCCCUGAGUAACGAGCUCUUCCUGGACAGGAGCCGCGUCUGUUUCGAUGCCAUCCUGUACUUCUACCAGUCAGGCGGGAGGCUGCGGAGGCCGGCCAACGUCCCCCUGGACGUGUUCAUGGAGGAGCUGCGCUUCUACGAGCUCGGCGAGGAGAUCAUCGAACGCUUCAGGGAGGAUGAAGGCUUCCCCAAGGAGGAGGAGAGGCCGUUACCCACCAACGACAUGCAGCGGCGCCUCUGGAUGCUGUUUGAGUAUCCGGAGUCCUCGAGUGGAGCUCGCAUCAUCGCCAUCAUCAGCGUCAUGGUGAUUGUCAUCUCCAUUAUCAUCUUCUGCCUGGAGACGCUGCCCAAGUUCAGGCAUGAGAAGGAACAGAGGGAGCAAUUCACCCUCGUACCUCACCCCACCAUAGAGAACGAAACCAUCUCGGUCCCACCUGUCUACGCUCCCUUCCAGGACCCUUUCUUCAUCGUGGAGACGAUUUGCAUCAUCUGGUUCUCAUUCGAACUCACUGUGCGCUUAAUCUGCGCUCCGAGCAAGAUGACCUUCUUCAAAGACGUCAUGAACACCAUCGACUUCUUCGCCAUCAUUCCUUAUUUCGUCACCAUUGGCACCGAGCUGGCCAAGGACAAAGGCGCGCAGCCCUCUAUGUCUCUGGCCCUCAUCAGGAUCAUCAGGCUGGUCAGGGUCUUCAGGAUCUUCAAGCUCUCUCGUCACUCGAAGGGCCUCCAGAUCCUGGGUCAGACACUGAAGGCCAGCCUCAGGGAGCUUGCCCUGCUCAUCUUCUUCCUCUUCAUAGGCGUCAUAAUCUUUUCUAGCGCUGUCUACUUUGCUGAGGUGGACAACCAGGAAACGGCAUUCACCAGCAUCCCUGAGGCUUUCUGGUGGGCUGUGGUGUCCAUGACAACAGUUGGCUACGGAGACAUGUACCCGGAGACGGUUGGGGGAAAGCUGGUGGGGUCCAUGUGCGCCAUUGCAGGCGUGCUUACCAUCUCGUUGCCAGUGCCCGUCAUCGUGUCCAACUUCAGCUACUUCUACCACAGAGAGACAGAGUGUGAGGUAACCUCACAGUACCAUCAUGUGUCCACAGUGCUGUGGGAAAAGGACAAUGAGGACGAUGAUGAGGAGGGAGAUGAAGGCGGAUUGGAUGAGGAGCCUGACUUCACAGGAGAUGAUGCACCUCUGUAUGGGCCAGACAGCCGGGACAUCUGCCAGCCGCUCAAUGGAACUCUCCUGACAGGACUUUGGGCUGGACAAGCGACUGGCGAUCAGAGAGGAAUAAACUUCUAUCUUCAUGAACCUCUGGUCACUCAGGUCUGA